AUGGCUGUUGACUCCGCGCCUGGAGGAGGAAAGCCGUUGGCUUUGACGUUCAUCGCGCCGGCGGAAACUCAAUCUGGCAAGAGUCUUAGAUGGGUUGACUCUGCGCAGAGGAUGAGAAAGGAGAGGGUGAGGAAGAACAAGGGACGGGCUACUUCUGAUAGUCCGACGUCGUCGAAUCCUCCUGACUUGGCGUAUUCUGAUGAUGCUACGUCACCGUCGUCGGAUGACUCGGCUUCUGAGUUUGGUGGUGUUGUUGUGCCGUAUCGAUAUGGUGUUACGAUACAUCCUGCGCUGAACGAAGCUUCGAAUGCCCACACAAGGAGGUUGUUCAGUCAUUUCUCCGAGACCAUUGCCGGACACAUGGUUGUACUAGACUCAUUCUCCUUCAGCAACGGAUAUCGAGACAUCAUUCUACCGCUCGCUCAACAAGAUGAGAACCUCGCACAAGCUGUAUCAGUCGUCUCGGCGUUUCACUUAGGACAAAUGGAUCCAAGGUUGCAACGUAUCGCUGAAGCAGGUCACCAAGCUAUUGUCCAGAAGCUACGGAGGGAUUCACUUCAACUUAGCCCCGAACAACUCUUCAACCCAUAUAUCCUCGCGACGAUCUUGGUACUUUUGGUUGGUGAAACGAUCACUGGCGCCGACAACUACACAUACCUUUUGGAGAUGCUCAACUGCCUUACGCAAUAUCCGGACUGGAUAUCAAUGCUGCCGCCAAGUCUGAAGGACUUCUUUUUUCAGCAGAUCAAGAUGUUCCAACUGUUUGGCGUCCCUCUAGCCAACGAAUCCAAAGGCCUCCAAGUCCUCACCGGCCCCGAAGCAUACCUCGACUUCAUGGCCUACCCCGAACUCCCUCCCCAAUCCGAACACUUCACCAACAUGGAAACCAUCCGCUCCGCCAUCUUCGACGCAUGCAGCAUCUACCGCCGCCGCGCAGAAUCCUCCCUCAGCGACCACGAAUCCAUCCAUCUCGUCGAGCAACUGCGUCUCAAAGUCCUCAACCUCGACUCUACAACAAAAGGAGCGCACGCUCUUGUGUGGACGUACUUUAUCGCUGCUGCGGAGAGUAUUCUCCCGGAGCAUAGGGAGUUCUUUGCGGGGAGGUUGGCGGAUUUGUAUAGUGUUACGAAUUUUGGAAGUAUUCCUGUUGCGGUCAAGGCGUUGGGGACGAUUUGGAGUAUGCAGGGCACGAGGAGGUGGACGGAGAUUGUCAGUAGCGAGACACCGAUUCUUAUUAUGUAA